CUUCGGACCCAAAAACCUAAGCAAAAACCAACUUUUUUUUCCGAAUCCUUUUGAGGAAUCGGAGAGAAAUGGACGCCAAAGAGAAAGUGAUAGGAUUGCAGAAGGCGUAUGCUGAUAUAAUAUUGAACAUAUCCAAGGAGGCAGCAGCUCGGGUUAUGUCAUCCGAGAGGAGGGCCGUGCAGUAUCAGCACGAGCUGAAGGUGGCGAAGGAGGAGGCGCUGCGGAUGCUGUUGCACCUCAAGAAAAUGAUGGAUGAUAGGACUAGUGAGGCGGAAGCUGCAGCGCUGAAUCAGCAGAAGAAGAUUGAAGAACUGGAAGCUCAACUUCAAGAAGCUGAAGAUAUCGUCAACGAUCUCAGGAAAGAAUUGGGAGAGGUACAGGAUGAGCUGGAAAGGUUAAAGAAAAGCAGUUUGCACAACGUAAAUGAGGUGCCUACUACUAUCUACUCUUAUGAAUCUAGUAAAUAUCAUCAUCCGAACAACGGAUACGAAUCUGCUGGAGCUUCUGAAAUCACAAUGCCUAACCCAAGGCAGCAAAAGGAAUGUUCCGAUUGUUAUUAUUUAGGCGAGAAAGAUUGCACGUGCAGUUCACAUAUUAGGGAUCGGGAUUUGCCUUCAAUAGCAUUAAGAGUUAGCUAUAAAGAGCCUGGGCUAUAUAGAAAUGGCUGUACGCAGAGAAUCCGUGCGUGUGAGGGGAAUCUGUUGGACAGGAACAGCAACGAAGAGCGGGAAAAGGGUGGAUACACCAGCAAAGAUCCAUCAUUUGGGGCUAGAACUCAGAGUGAACUUGAGUACAAAUUGUUGGCGGAUGUUAAGUUAAGUAGUUUCCUACCUUUUCGUCGGAAAAGACAGAGAUCUACUAAACAAAGAGAACCUCCUCCUGAGAAACCUGAUCCGUUGCCAGAACUUUCAUCAAGACAUAAUCUUGUUUCAGUCAAAGAUGAUGCUCACUCCAGUAAGAGACCUUCAUCCGUAGCUCCAAUACUCUGCACAGAUGAAGUUGAGAACAAAUGCAUUGACCAGGAAUGUGAAGGGUUGAAGGAAAAGAUAGUGCCGUUAGGGGAAGAAACUGAGCUUGAAGAAAGUUUUUUGCCUUCUGUUUCUAAAGGGGAUGUUGAAAAUGGUGAUAUGCCAAGCCAACCCGUAAGGGAAAGAAUCAUCAAAUACACAUUUCAAAGGAAGCGCAAGAGAGGAAACCCGAACGAAUCUGAAAUGAAAGUGUCACUGUCACCUGAGGUAGAAAAGAGAAAUGAAGAUGAUAAAAGUACUCGUAAGAACCAGCAGUCAUCCAAGGCUAGCUUGUUGUCAGAUUCAUCCCGAGACAGUAGGCGAUUGGCGCAAGUUGCUCGUCAGCUUAUAUCCUUGUCUGAGAAGAAGUGGUGGCAUUGAAAAGGCGUUUCGUGUGCUCGGUGUGUUUUGGAAGAGAGAUGAUGACAAUCACUUGUAAUCUUACAGCAGUAAGCUGCAUUUUCAGAGAAUGACAUGAAAUAUAUAAUCUGCUGUAGUUGAAUAUUUUCAAAGUUAAUCUAAAAUAGUGUUUGCAUUCUUCAAUAUGUAUUCAAUAUUCAUAUUUUCUGAAUGAAAAGAUAUGUUAGUCAUGA